AUGAGAAAGCCUCCGAUGAGAGUCAGAUCUCUUAUACUCGCAGUCCAGUCGAGCAAGUCGAAUCAAGAAGGACGCUAUCGUUGUCGGAAAGUGCCGUUAAUUCUCGUCGCUGCUGGAUUUGCUGUCCUCUAUCUUCCGUUGUUUCUUCAAUCAUCAAGUGUUUCUAAGUUCUAUUCGAGCAAGAGAGGUGCUAGUCAGACUCACAGAUCGGAAACGGUUUCGACGCAACGAGGGUGUGCAUCUCUGUGGAAACGCGUUGGUUGUAAUUCGAGUCGUCCGAUACUUCGGUGCAGGCCGUUUCAAAGUAGUAGUACACGGAAGGAACGUCAUUAUGACGCCGUCGUGAAGACGUUCGAUUCUCUAGUGUAUCUAAAUGGUUGUCGACAUGAGACUUGUUCACUCGUUGGCUCCUCGGGAAAUUUGAAAAAUCGUGCUCGUGGAAAAUUGAUUGACAAAAGUAGUGUCGUUAUUCGACUCAAUAAUCAACCAAUCACGGGAUACGAGAAAUAUGUUGGGACACGUCCAGCUGAUAUUAUGGUAUUCAAUGAUCAUAUUUGGUGCUUCAAUAACACCAGUCAUCCUACUCUGUAUAUCCGUUCUACAGACAGUUCUUUGAGAGAGAAUGCAGUCAUUAUUAAAAAAUGUCAAGCAAAUCGGAUUGCGCCUUUGUAUUCCCUCUCCAGGUAUGUUCAACGUCAAGCACAGAGUCUGCUGAAGGCUUAUGCUGAGAGGUAUAACGUACAGAGAAGCGUCUCUGGUUCUAAAAGCAAAUACUUUCAUGCAACCAGCGGUUUCAAAGCUCUCGUUUUUAGUAUGAUGAUAUGCAGACAAGUUCAUCUGUUUGGAUUUGGAAUGCAAGGAACGAAGACGUGGCACUAUUAUCCUCCUUACGGCAAAGACUACACUCCUUCUCAUCACGAGAUGUCACUAGAAAUGAAAAUAAUACAGGACAUAGCAACGCUAAAUUAUAACAGUAGUAUGCUUGGUUUUCUAGAUGGGGCAGUUAGUGAACUAACUGUUUAUUAG